GGGACUGUGUUACAGAUUUGAACCGUUUUGAUCUAGUUUUCACAGCCAUGAUUCCAAUCCUCUCAUAUUUGUACAGACUCUCUCUCUCUAAUAUUUGAAAUGGUGAGUAAUUUGUUCACCAUAAGCUUAGCUUUAUCGUCUCCCAUUUCGUUUCAAUGUGAGUUAACGGGGGUUUAGUGGAAAUUUCAGAAAGUUGGGGGAGUACAAUGUAUUAUAAGGAUGUUUAAGGGUGUUUCAUAAUUAUAAAACAAUUGGACAAGAAAGUAAGAAUAAGAUAUUUUGGUCCUCUUAGUAACGAACUACUUCUCUUGUUCUCUGGACAAGCUAUGGCGAUAUUAGAAGAAUCGGCGGUGAAUUCAGCGGUUUCUCCGCCAAAUUCAUACGGAGCCGUUGUUCUUGGUGGAACCUUUGAUCGAUUACAUGACGGACAUCGUCUGUUUCUCAAGGCCGCGGCGGAGCUGGCAAGGGAUCGAAUUGUCGUUGGCGUCUGUGACGGUCCAAUGUUGGCUAACAAACAGUUCUCCGAAUUAAUACAGCCCAUUGAGGAACGGAUGCGUAAUGUUGGAAAUUACAUCAAGUCUAUAAAACCAGAGCUUAAAGUGCAAGUUGAACCUAUUACAGAUCCCUACGGCCCUUCAAUUGUUGAUGAAAAUUUAGAAGCUAUUGUUGUCAGCAAAGAGACACUACCUGGUGGCAUGUCAGUUAAUAAGAAGAGAGCGGACAGAGCUCUUUCACAACUGAAGAUUGAAGUGGUGGAUCUAGUUUCAGACGGAUACAGUGGAGGCAAGCUAAGUUCAACAACCUUAAGGAAGCUUGAGGCAGAGAAAGCCAAAAAAGAGCAGGUUGAGGUUGAGAAGGCCAAACAAGAACAACCUGCAGAAGGGAACAUUUUUCUUGGUGGUUUUUCUUGUUUUCCUUUCACACUCAUUUAUGUCGGAGGUAUUUGCAAAAUUCUUGCAGAGAUGAAUGAUUUAAUGACAAAAUCGUUCUUAAAUUAUGUGGAACUGAAGAAACAGGCUCAGAAGGACUUUGAAGUGGAAGUCGACAUAGAAAGAGGCCAACUCAACCCCGAAGAUGAAGAAAACCUCUCUCAGUUUUUCCAAGAAGUCGAUGUAAUCAAGGAGGUAAUGGAAGAGAUCACCAAUCUCUUGUACGAUCUUCAGGAUCUUAAUGAAGGAACUAAGUCUACACACAGCGCAAAAGUCCUCCGGGGCCUGAGAGACCGAAUGGAAGCAGAUACUGUCUCUGUACUUCGCAAAGCCAAGAUUGUCAAGUCAAGGCUCGAAUCACUGGAUAAAUCCAAUAUAAGCAACCGCAGAAUUUCACAAGCGUUUAAAGAAGGGAGUUCGGUUGAUCGCACAAGGAUAUCUGUCACUAAUGGUUUGAGAACCAAGCUUAGAGACUUGAUGAAGGAAUUUCAGUCUUUGAGAGAAAAGAAUUUGUCAGACUACAAGGAAGAUCUUAAGAGGAGGUACUAUAAUGCAACUGGAGAGAACCCAAGUGAGGAAGUAAUUGAUAAAGUUGUUUCUGGAGGUGGGAAAGUUGACAUAUUUGUGGACAAAACAGAUGAGAUGGAUUUGAGGAAUCAAGAGAGACAUGAGGCUGUGAUGGAUAUACAGAGAAGUUUAACUAAGCUGCACCAGGUGUUUCUUGACAUGGCAGUUCUGAUUGAGACACAAGGGGAGACGGUCGAUGACAUCGAAGAGAAUGUGGCAAAUGCGGGUAAUUUUCUCAGUGGUGGAACUAACAGUCUUUACUAUGCCAAUCAGAUGAGGAAGAAGAAGAAGAAGACAUGGGUGUUCUGGGUUUGGGCUGUGGGGUUUAUUGUACUACUGGUUUGCUUUAUUUCAUUGUUGGCUUCUUGAGAGAAACCAAUGUUUCAGAGAUUGUUGAGGCAAUUAUUUUCUAUAUGGGACCUUAGCUGGUCUACAGAUUUUCUUA